AUGUUCGGGGAAUGUGGCGAGCCAGUAUGGAGUGGGGACGACUUCUCAGUCUGCUUCCAAAGAGACUACCUUCAAGUCCUUCUUCCUCUCAUAUUCUCCGGCAUAUCCUUAUUCUGCCUCCUAAUACAGUCCAUACAGAGAACCGCAAAAUUAAAACAGAAGAACGGCUACGCACCAUUGAAGCCAUCAUAUAAUUCGGUCGAAAGUCAUGGUCGCUAUAGGGAUGAUCCAGACCGCCCAGAAGAAGUGCAGGACAUCGAUGAUGACAGUGAUGAUAGUGAUCGGUUGGCGCUACACCUAGCGAAAGUCCAGACAAAGGAAUCCCUGGUUGAAGUCAAUAAACCUCGUGGCCAUGUCUGGGUGGUCGUGAUCGAGAUUUUGGCUGUUGCGGUAGAGUUGGGUAUCAAUCUGGCCGCCCUAUUGACACAGGCUUGGGGCCACAAAGGCACGGUUGCUGCCAUUGGAGAGGUCACCACAUGGGCGUACAUCUUCGUCCUGGUGUUCAUAAGGCUACUGACUACAGCAAGAAAACCUUCUUGGAUUCCCAACCUUUGGUACCAUACGGCUCUUCUCUAUCUUAUGCAAUGGAUUUUAGUCGCCCUCCUCUUUCGCUCCGAGGUUCUCCAUCCUCGGUCACACAGGGCCCAGGGUCUGAGGAUAGCCGACUUUGUUACGGCCACUCUACUUGCGAUUAUCGCUGUCACCUCUCGAAAAGGGAACAAGGUUGUGGUGCUAGAUUACGAAGAUGACCUCGAACCGUCUCACGAGCCUCUAGCCAAUCUUUUCUCGAUUGCGACUUUCGGCUGGGUAGAUGCUAUUGUCUGGCAGGGUUACAGGAAGACGUUCGAGCUCUCCGAUGUAUGGAACCUUGCAGCCAAAGACAAAGCAGCUGCGGUGACCGCAGACUUUAGACAAUUCAAGAAGACGACAAAACUGGCAUGGCAUUUGCUGAAAUACUUCAAGCGCGAUCUCUUAAUCCAGGCAGCAUGGGCAAUGGUCUCGGGUCUUUUCACUUUCGCUCCGACCCUUCUCCUAAAAGCAUUUCUCGAGUAUGUCGAGGACCCUGCAGGCACGCCUGUGAACGCUGCGUGGUUUUACAUGAUUUUAUUGGCCAUGUCCUCAUGCAUAAAAGCCAUUACUGAUGGCCAAGCGCUGUGGCUGGGAAGGAGAAUAUGUAUCCGACUGCGUGCUGUGAUAGUUGGAGAAAUCUACGCAAAGGCACUAAGACGAAAGGCAGCUGCCGGAACAGACACCGUCUUGGGAGAAGAGAAGAAGAAGUCCGAAAAGGAGAAAGACCCCAACGAGCAGAACUUAAAAGGCAAUUCAUUCCAAUUCCCGCAUGCAGGAGGCAAGAAGAAGGGGGGCUCCAAGAAGAAAAAGCAAGCGGACAUCAACCCUUCCCCAGACUCUACCGACUCGCAAGUUAACGUCGGGACAAUCAUCAAUCUCAUGGCUGUCGACUCUUUUAAAGUAAGCGAGAUCAGUGCGUAUCUGCACUUUCUAUGGGGCAGCACUCCUGUGCAGUUGGUCAUAUGUAUUGUGCUUCUUUAUCGCAUCUUGGGACGGAGUGCUCUGGCGAGUGUUGUCAUGAUGGUUCUUGUCAUGCCGCUCAACCUCUUCAUUGCCAAGCAAUUUACCAAAGUACAAAAGAAGGUCAUGGCUGCAACCGAUGUGCGUAUUCAUACAACAAACGAAAUCCUUCAGAACAUCCGAAUUAUCAAAUACUUUGCUUGGGAACGACGCUUCGGUCAAACUGUCAGCGAGAAGCGAGCGGUAGAGUUACGGGCUCUUCGGAACAAGUACAUCCUUUAUACGUUUGCUGCCACUGUGUGGUUUGGGGUGCCGUUACUCAUCACGUUCUUCUCCUUCCUGCUGUAUACAGUGGUUGAAAAGAGGCCUCUGAUACCAUCGGUGGCCUUCACUGCGCUUUCGCUUUUCGGGAUUCUUCGCUAUCCACUGGAUCAAUUGGCAGAUAUGAUUGCUCACGUGCAGGAGUCCAAAGUAUCCGUGGAUCGGGUAGAAGAAUUCUUGAACGAGGAUGAAACCGAGAAAUAUGAGCAGCUUUCUCAAGGACGCAAAGACGAAAAUGGGGAUCCAAUCAUUGGCUUCAACAAGGCAACAUUGACCUGGGGAGGUAAAGACGCUCAAAAAGCAGAUGGGCAAACGGCUUUUCGUAUGAUCGAUAUGGACAUUCGCUUCUUGAUAGGAUGCCUUAACAUCAUCGUUGGACCUACUGGGUCUGGCAAGACGUCUCUUCUCAUGGCGUUGCUUGGGGAGAUGACGCUCAUCGAAGGUUUCGUAUUUCUUCCAGGCGGACAGAGCCGGGAGACACUUAGAGAGGACCCAGAAACCCAUCUUACCGAGAGCAUAGCAUACUGCGCUCAGCAAGCAUGGCUUGCUAACGAUACCAUCAAACAAAACAUCCUAUUCGCUGCACCGCUCGAUGAACUGCGCUACACAUCCGUUAUUGCAGCCUGUGCGUUGGAAAGAGACCUCGAGAUCCUUGACAAUGGCGACUCCACCCUAGUCGGAGAGAAAGGCAUAACUCUGUCAGGAGGGCAGAAACAACGAAUCUCGCUAGCAAGGGCACUCUAUUGCAAUUCAAGACAUGUACUCUUGGAUGACUGCCUAAGUGCUGUUGACUCUCACACUGCUAAGCACAUAUUCGAGCACUGCAUCAUGGGUCCCUUGAUGCUCGGCAGGACUUGCAUACUCGUCACUCACAAUAUCGCGCUUUGUGUUCCGCGUUCCCAUUAUGUCGUGGCCUUGCUGAAUGGCAAAAUUUCGGCUCAAGGUUCUCCUGACGAGGUGCUGGCUUCGGGGGCUCUUGGAGAUGAACUUCUCAUACCCAGACCGGGUUCUAGGGGUGGCUCGCAGAUACAUUCAAGAAACUUGUCGGCGCUGAACCUAGAUGGUGAAACUAAAAAAGAUACCGAUGGACACAUUCCGGAAGCGAACGGUCAUGCAAAUACAGCACCAAAGGAACCGAACUCCAAAUCGAAGACUAAGGAUGAGAAUGCCAACAUUAGGACCGAAGCCAAAGCCACGGGCAGUGUCAAUACCAAAGUCAUCAAGAUGUAUCUUGUCUCCAUGGGUCCAUGGCAUUACUGGCUGCUUGCUUUUGUCGCUUUCGGACUGCAACAAGUAGGUUCCGUGGCCUGCAACGUCUGGAUUCGAACAUGGGCCAAUCGGUACACAAGAAGUAUCCAGAGUGUGGAUUUGAUGGCAACUGGAACGGACCUACAUACCACCAGCCAUCUCCAUGGUGCGGCUUUCUCCUCGAAAUCUUUCUCCACCGGCUCAUCUUUCUGGAGUCUACCUCUCUCCUCCAAAUCACCAUCGUCCAUCAAUACUAUGGCAUCGUCGGAUGACAAGAUAGAUGCGUGGUAUUAUUUGAUCAUAUACGCAUUGCUUUCGCUCUUCUACAUCUUCGUAUCUCUGAUACGGGAAGGCUACAUCUUCUGGGGUUCUUUGAGAGCAUCCAGGACACUUCAUAGGCGCCUACUUGAAUCGGUGGCAAGAGCUAAGCUACAGUUCUUUGACACUACUCCUCUAGGUCAGCUUAUGAACAGAUUCUCGAAAGACAUAGAGGCCAUCGAUCAGGAUGUCGCUCCCGUUGCUGUCGGUGUGCUUGGCUGCUUGUUUUCACUGAUAAGUAUCGUCAUUUUGAUCUCCGUUAUUACACCAGGAUUCCUCAUCGCAGGCUUCUUCAUUACUAUCAUCUACUUUGCAAUUGGGCAGUUCUAUUUGAGAUCUUCCCGAGACCUGAAACGUUUGGAGUCAGUCCAGCGAAGUCCUCUCUACCAGCAAUUUGGAGAGACACUGAGCGGCAUCGUCACGAUUCGAGCUUACGGAGAGGAGAGGCGCUUUAUCCGAGACAACCAAACUCGUGUCGACACUCACAACAGGCCAUUCAUCUACCUCUGGGCUGCCAACCGCUGGCUUGCCUUACGAGUGGAUUUCACUGGUGCUCUCGUAGCAUUCUUCGCUGGCGUCUUUGUCAUAUUGAGCAUAGGAACUAUUGAUGCUGGCUCCGCAGGUCUCUCUUUGACUUACGCCGUCAUGUUCACUGAGAAUGUCCUCUGGCUAGUCCGUUUGUACUCCAUGAACGAGCAAAACAUGAACUCUGUGGAGCGUGUGAAGGAAUACAUCGAAGUAGAGCAGGAAGCCAAGGCAAUAAUUGAUGAGGCUCGCCCGGCAGGGAAUUGGCCUAGUCAAGGGGCAAUUCAAUUUAUGAAUUACACAACGCGAUACCGGCCUGAUCUGGAGCCUGUACUCACAAAUCUAACUUUCAACGUUCAGCCUGGAGAAAGGGUAGGUAUCGUGGGAAGAACAGGGGCUGGGAAGAGCUCUCUGGCUCUCGCACUGUUCCGUGGCUUGGAGGCAGUAGAGGGAAAGAUUGUUAUUGACGACGUUGAUAUUGGUCUAAUCGGCCUUCAAGACUUACGAGAAGCAAUAACCAUUGUUCCGCAAGACCCAACGUUGUUUACCGGCACAGUCAGGAGCAACCUCGACCCUUUCAGUCUCUUCACAGAUGAGGAAAUCUUUGCUACUCUACGCCGAGUACAGCUAAUAGGGAUUCCAACUUCCGAUGCUGGAUCGUCCUCGGCAACCUCCAUUGUGCCUGACCUUCCUACUCCACCGGAUUCUCCUCCAUCUUCGAACAACGAUUCCGAUGAUAACAAUGAUAACGACCUUGCGAAGAAGAUGACAAAUACCCUGGAAAAUGCCAAUGUCUUUACCAAUUUAUCCUCACCCAUUGCCGAGUCUGGAUCCAAUUUGUCACAAGGUCAACGUCAACUUCUCUGUCUGGCACGUGCUCUCCUUAAAGCUCCACGUGUCCUGCUCAUGGACGAGGCUACCGCUUCGAUUGACUACGCCACCGACAGCAAGAUUCAAGACACGCUACGAGACGUCAAGGAAAGCACUAUCCUUACGAUUGCGCAUCGUCUGCAAACGAUCAUUGAUUAUGACAAAGUACUUGUCCUGGAGAAGGGCGAGGUCAUUGAGUACGACGCCCCUUGGGAGCUCAUUUCGAGGGAAGGGGGUAUCUUCCGAGGCAUGUGCGAAAUGAGUGGUGAUUUGGAGGCCUUGACUGAAGGAGCUAACAAGGCGGCCCAAAAGAAGAAGCUGAUUGAUGUUUGA